GGGUUUUUCGUGGCGCCAGGGACUGAGGCUGAGGCAGAGGCAGAGGCUGAAGCUGAGGCUGAGGCCGGGCCAGGCUGGGGAGGGGAAAGGAGGGGAAGAGAGGGAGAGCCUGAGCUCCAGCCGCUGCCGCGGCGGGUGCAAGAGAUGCGGGAGGUGCGCGCACCCAGCCCUGGAGCUGCCGGAGCCGGGGCCCCCAGGGAGCGCCCAGGGCCUGAAGGGGCUUGAGGGGGCUGGAGGGGAGGGGACAGAACCGGACAGGACCGCGCCUCCCCCCCCUCCCCGCAGCCCCAGCCCCCGCCGCCCCAGCCCCGCUGCAGCUGCCGUUGGGAGCUAGCCUGGCCGGCCCGCGCACCGAACAAGGUGCCGCUGCUUGGGCGCGCACAGCUGCUGCGGCGGCGGCUGUGCGGGGGGGAGGGGGGGAGCCGACCCCCGAAUCCUCUCCUUCCCCCCCUCUCCCCCCUCCCCUUCCCCCCCGCAGGAUGCCCGGCUGAGCCGCCGCCACAGCGCGGGCAGGGACAGGUGCGCGCCGAGCGCAGCGCAGGGCACGGCGCGGGGAGCCGCGCGCAGCCGCUCUCCGGGGACCGCGGGCAGCCGAGGACCGGACUCGACCCUCGUUCGCUUGGGUAGCAGAGCAACCUGCUCUGAGCCCCCAAGAGGUGGCGCUGCGGAGGGGUCCAGCACCUUUCGGGGCGGGACACACGACCCAGCGGUGCCCCAGUCCCAGUUCCUCGGAGCCCCCAGACCCGAGGUUCUUGGAAGCACUUCAUAGCCAACUCCUGUAAAGCCUGUCUGACGCAUCAUUUGACAAAGGAGGAAAUGAAGCUGUCUCAAGGGGAAUUCAGGCCAUCAACACAAACAGGAGGUGACCUAGAGUGAAGUCAGGAGACCUUCGGCAUUCCUGUUCAUUGAUGUCCAGUUCUGGAAGCACCCUACCUGGCCACAGAACCAUGCCAUCUCCCAGCCUGCCACCUUUCCUGGUGCUGAGGACCUGGACCCACAUCCUGCUCCAGAUCCUGACCUUGAUGCUGGGAGCUGUCCAGGGCCUCUUCCCCGAGGAGCCUCAACCCCUCGCUGUGGCACCACGGGAUUACUUAAAGCAGUACCCAGUGUUCACAGGCAGUGGUCCAAGCCGCUUCCCUCCAGCCUCCAGUACUGAAGGGCUCAACAUUCAACGUAUGCUUCGGGUCAACAGGACUCUGUUCAUUGGAGACAGGGAUAACCUGUACCGAGUAGAGCUGGAGCCACCCACAGCCAGUGAACUGCGCUACCAUCGGAAGCUGACCUGGCAGUCAAAUCCAAAUGACAUCAACAUCUGUCGGAUGAAGGGGAAGCAGGAGGGCGAGUGCCGUAACUUUGUGAAGGUGCUGUUGGUUCGAGAUGAUAAUACCCUCUUCGUGUGUGGGUCCAACGCAUUCAACCCUAUCUGUGCCAACUAUAGCAUGGACACUCUAGAGCCUAUGGGAGACAACAUCAGUGGCAUGGCCCGGUGCCCCUAUGACCCCAAGCACGCCAAUGUUGCCCUCUUCUCUGGUGGGAUGCUUUUCACAGCGACAGUCACUGACUUCCUGGCCAUCGAUGCUGUCAUCUACCGAAGUCUGGGUGACAGCCCUACACUCCGAACAGUCAAGCAUGAUUCCAAGUGGUUCAAAGAGCCUUAUUUUGUCCAUGCCGUGGAGUGGGGGAGUCAUGUGUAUUUCUUUUUCCGAGAGAUUGCUAUGGAGUUCAACUACCUGGAGAAGGUUGUGGUAUCUCGUGUGGGCCGAGUGUGCAAGAAUGAUGUGGGUGGCUCCCCUCGAGUACUGGAGAAGCAAUGGACGUCCUUCCUGAAGGCCCGACUCAACUGCUCUGUGCCCGGAGACUCCCACUUCUAUUUCAACGUCCUCCAGGCUGCCACUGGCAUCAUCAAUUUGGGAGGCCGCUCUGUGAUCCUGGCCCUCUUUUCUACCCCCAGCAACAGUAUCCCUGGCUCGGCUGUCUGCGCCUUCGACAUGGGCCAGGUGGCAGCUGUCUUUGAGGGCCGCUUUCGAGAACAAAAGUCACCAGAGUCCAUCUGGACCCCAGUGCCUGAAGAGCUGGUACCCAAGCCUCGGCCUGGGCUCUGUGCAGCCCCUGGAAUGCCCUACAAUGCUUCCAGUGCCUUCCCAGAUGAGAUCCUCAACUUUGUCAAGACCCAUCCUCUUAUGGAUGAGGCUGUCCCUUCUCUGGGCCACGCCCCCUGGAUUGUGCGCACCCUUGCUCGGCACCAGCUGACUCGAGUAGCUGUGGACACCAGUGCAGGACCCUGGGGGAACCAGACCGUUGUGUUCCUGGGUUCUGACACCGGCACCGUGCUGAAGUUCCUAAUCCGGCCCAGUAGCAGUCUCCGGGGUCCCACUGAGCAGAGCAUCUUUCUGGAGGAAUUUGAGACCUACCGGCCUGACAGAUGUGGGCGUGGCCCUGAGGAGAGCCGGAGGCUUCUGAGCCUGGAGAUUGACCCUACAGCGGGUGCCCUGCUGGUGGCCUUCCCUCGGUGUGUGGUCCGUGUACCUGUGGCUCGCUGUCAGCAGCACUCGGGCUGCAUGAAGAAUUGCAUUGGCAGUCAGGACCCCUACUGUGGCUGGACACCGGAUGGUUCCUGCAUCUUCCUGGCCCCAGGCACCAGGGCUACCUUUGACCAGGAUAUCUCUGGAGCCAGCACAUCUGGCUUAGGGGACUGUACUGGGCUCCUUCGGGAAAGCUUCAUGGAGGAGCGGGCUGGCCUCGUGUCUGUGAACUUGCUGGUGACUUCCUCAGUGGCUGCCUUUGUCAUUGGGGCUGUGGUCUCAGGCUUCAGUGUCUGCUGGUUCGUGGGGCACCGAGACCGGCGGGAGUUGGCUCGCCGCAAGGACAAGGAGGCGAUCCUGGCACACGGUGGGGAGGGCCAGGUGGUGAGCGUGAGCCGCCUGGGUGAGCGGCGUGGGGGGGCCGGGCCCCGGGCCGGGCCCCCUGAGACCCUGCUGGCCCCCCUCAUGCAGAAUGGCUGGCCCCAAGCAGCCUUGUUGCAGGCUGGCCAGCACGAACUUGCCUCAGGCCUUCUGCCCACCCCUGAGCAGACACCGCUGCAGCAGAAACGCUGCCCCAGCGGACUGCAGCGGCGUGGCUGGGAGCAGAGUCAAGGAGUCCUGCAUACUGUGCUCCGGGAGCCCUCUGGAAAUGCCCCGUCCCUUGGUGCUGCCUCCUCCUCUUCCUCUUCCAUCAUCCUGCUGCACCCUGGUGGUGGUGGGCAUGGGCCAGACCCAGAGGCAGGUGGCGAUGUGCGUUUCCUGCCCUCAGCAAUGGCCGGGGGCCGGGACCAAGUGGGUGGGGUGGCCCCCUCCCAAGCCAGGCCAGGCCGGGCCUCUUAUGUCGACUUCCCUAUCACACCCCAUGCCAGCCCUGAUAGGCGGCGGGUAGUUUCAGCACCUACGGGCCACCUGGACCCAGCCACUGACAGCCUCUCACGGCCCUGGAGCCCUCCCACAGGGAGCCUAACAAGGAGUGGCCCGGCUGCCCCAGCCCUGCGGCGUACACACACCUUCAACAGUGGCAGUGGCAGCAGUGAAAGUCGCCCAGGGGAGCCCCACCACACCCGACGCCCCCGCCCACUCACAGACUUUGCCCGCUUGCUCCCCUACGGGCCUGAGAGGACUGCACCCCCUGUGCAGUAAAGAGUCGGGGGACACAGCCCAUCGAUGGCCCCCAGUACCCUCCUGGCCUCCACUUCCCUGGCAAGGGGACCCAGGCACAGUGCCCGCCAGCUCAGGCACAGGAAGAAGCUGGCCAGGCAAAAGAUGGCCCCCAGGCCCUCAUUAAAGCAACAGCCAGCCCUGGUCCUCUUCAGAGCAGGGUGCUCAUGGGGAGUUGGGGUUCCUUCUCACACCGGCCCUCUGCGUCACCCCCAGGGAGCAACACAAGAAGCACAAGAGCGUUGAUCCCUUCCCUUGGGGGUUGGAAGAAGCUGUGCUGGUCUGGGGUGGGAAGGAUUUGGAGUCAGAGGAUUUGGGUUCAAAUCCCAGCUCUGCCUCUGACUAGCUUUGUGACUGUGGGCAAGUCAUCUAACCUCUUAGGGCCUAAGGGUCCUUGUCUGUAAAAUGAGGGACUAGAUUGGACUAGAUGGUGUCUUCAGGUCCCUUCCAGCUCUAAAUCCUAUGAUCCCUAUGACUGGAGACUGGCCUAUAAUUUCCUAUUUGCCAUUCUCCUGGUUGUUUUUCUUUUUCUUUUUUUUUUAAUGAAUUGCACAAUCUUGGGCUCAGUGGGACAGGCCAAGGAAUUGCCCCCUGCCCAGGGGCCAUGGCCUGGACAGAGCCUCCCUUCCCUUGCCCCUGGGUAUCCCUCCCCUACCAAAUGUUCCCUUUGGCCAGGGGUCCUAUGAGUUGGGUGUGCGUGUGUGUGUGUGUAUGUGUGUAUGUAUGUGGGGGUUGGUGGGUAGGUAUAUGUGUGUGUGAGUGUGUGCAUGCCCGUGUCCAUUUUGGAGGAAGGGGGCAGUGGGAGAGGGCGUGUCUGUCAACAGGGGCUGCUGCUGGUAUGUUGUGAUUGUGGGUCUGUGUCAGACGACGGGGCACAGACACAGGUGGGUGGGAGCCAUCUGCGCAACUUUUAGCCGGCUUGGGGGCAGAGCCUGAGUAGGCCUGGUAGGUAUCUAACAGGAGUCAAGGCUUGACAUAGCUCAGACGUGGCAAGGGAGCAGUUCUGAGUUGGGAUCCCACCCCCUGAGGGAAGAGGGUGGUGUGUCUGCCAGCUGUGGGAGGAGCUUUGGUCUUCCCCUCUCCCAUUCCAGCCCAGCCUCCCCCUUCCUCCCCUCAUCCCUCACUCCAUGCUCCAAACACUGCAGCCACUGCUGUCUAAAGGGCUUGGUUUGGUGUGGCUCAGGGGAGGGGGUCUGGGGGGUCAGGGCCACUAGCCAUGUACCCCUGUAAAUAGGGCCCCAGAGUAAGGAGAGGGUCCCCAACACCUCCCAUCCUUUCGUGACCUGUGACCUUCCACCUUCGACCUGCAGGUCAUGCAUGCAACAGCUGUGCUCUGUAUUAACUCUGGAAUUAGCCCUCUCCUCCUCUCCCCAAAUAAAACUCUGUUUACAACACCCACUGCUUGGGCCCUGUCUUUGGCUCUCAUCCGCCUGACUAGCUGAUGUGGUGGAUCCCAGGGCUGUGGGUAUGUGGCUGGGGGCCCACACCAGAAAGGAGCUAUGAGUUGGAACCCUGGGUUUGGUUCCAGGAUUUGCCGUCUGUGUGACCUUGGACUAGUCACUUCUGAGCUUCGGUUUCUUCACCUGUGAAAUGGGGAUAAUAAUAUUCAUGCUACCUACCUCACAGGACAGUUGUAUGGAGAUCAGUUCAAAGUUGAUAAAAUGCUAUAGAAGUAUAAGCUAUUUUUAUUAUCUUACUUAACAGUGGCAGCAACAGGAUAAGGAGAGUGGGUGCCCAUGCCCUAGGGCACUGCUGCUCAGCCACAUAUCCUGGGGUAGCUGGAAGGCUGAAGGUAUCACGCUCUUCUUCCACCCCUUUGCGAACUUGGAACACAAAGAUGAGGGUGGAUGGGGCCGGAGCUGGGAGGGACCUUAUGUCAUAGGAUGUUAGAGCUGGGAGGAGCCUUAAAACAGAAUGUCAGAUCUGAGAGGCAUUUAAAACCCUUCCAAACCUGGCUCCCACUCACCUUUCCUCAUGGUCCACUCAGACUCGUGUGAGGCUUCCUCACAAACGAAGCUCCAUCUCCCCUCUCUGGGCCUUCGUACAGACGGUUCCCCAUGCCUGGAAUGCCCUCCCUCUUCACUGCAGCCUCUUCAGAUCCAUUAGAUUUCCUUCAAAUCUCAGCUCAAAUACCACCUUCCUACAGGAGACCAUGCUCCUCUCCCGCAGCAGCUAAUGCCUCCCCUAUCCCCCAAAUUACCUUGGGUUUAUUUUUAUGCAUUUCAUAGGUUCCAUAGAUUUAGAGCUGGAAGGAACCUAAGAGGCCAAUGGUCCAAACCUCUCAUUUUAUAGAUUAGGAAACCGAGGCCCAGGGAAAUGAAAUGAUCAGUCCAAGGUCACACGUAGUAAACAUCAGUGGUGGGAUUUGAAUCUAGUUUCUCUGACUCCAGAGCCAACAUUCUUUUCUUUUUUUUUUUGGUAUUGGUCAAAGAAGUUCAUCACCAGGACCUUCUUAACACCAAUGAAAUCAUGUCUGGUCAAAACAUAUUUUGUAUAUAUUUACUUUGUAUUUAUUUAUAUGUAUAUAUGUUGUACAUGUUGUCUGCUAUAGAAUGUAAGCUCCUCGAGGGCAGGGACUGUUUCCUUUUUGUCUGCAUACAGUAGGCGCUCAAUAAACACUGGUUGAUUGAUUGAA